GAAAGGAGGCGGACCUGAAGCCGAGGGGGAAGAAGGGGAUGUCAGCGUAGCCGCUUCAGGUCAAAUAAUAGCAUCACUCACUAAAGUGGAGGACACCCCGGCACAAUUUACACUUUGGCUCGUCUUGAUGUAAUAUUAUGCCAGCAUCACGCUGCAUGUGACAUGUUACAGCACUUUUCCCCGUGACCAGAGAUCACUGUCCCUCCACCUGCUGUAACGUUGGGGCGCAGCUCAAGCCCAGUCAUGGCUGCCAGAAACCAGAAACCUCCUGCCGAUUUAAAAAGCUCAGCUGAAGCCAAAAGGACGGACCAAAAGAACAAUGAGAAGAAGUGCUCUUGGGCCUCCUAUAUGACCAAUUCUCCACUUAUGAUAGUGAUGAUUGGAUUACCUGCUAGGGGGAAAACCUACAUGUCUAAGAAGCUGACACGCUACCUCAACUGGAUCGGAGUUCCUACAAAGGUCUUUAAUCUGGGAGCUUACAGGAGAGAAGCAGUGCAGUCAUACAAGUCCUAUGAUUUCUUCAGACAUGACAAUGAAGAGGCGAUGGAAAUUAGAAAACAGUGCGCCUUGGUGGCACUGCAGGAUGUUAAGACCUAUCUGAAUGAGGAAGGAGGCCAGAUUGUUGUUUUCGAUGCCACAAACACAACCCGAGAAAGGAGGACACUCAUCCUUGAUUUUGCAAAGGAAAAUUCAUACAAGGUGUUUUUUGUGGAAUCAUUAUGCGAUGAUCCAGAUGUCAUUGCUGAAAACAUUCUGGAAGUAAAGGUGUCCAGCCCUGAUUACCCUGAACGGGACAGAGAAAGCGUCAUGGACGAUUUUCUAAAGAGAAUCGAAUGUUAUAAAGUGACCUACCAGCCUUUGGAUCCAGACGAACACGACAAGAACCUGUCCUUCAUCCAGGUCAUAAAUGUCGGUCGCCGUUUCCUGGUGAACAGGGUGCAGGAUUACAUCCAAAGUAAGAUAGUCUAUUAUCUGAUGAACAUCCAUGUCCACUCCCACUCCAUCUACCUUUGCCGGCACGGAGAGAGCCAGCACAAUCUGGAAGGACUCAUUGGAGGCGACUCUGGUCUGUCAGAGAGAGGAAAGAAGUUUGCUGUGGAGCUGAAAGCUUUUGUGAAAGAACACAAGCUGUCUGAUCUGAAAGUCUGGACCAGUCAGCUGAAGCGCACCAUUCAGACUGCAGAAGAGCUGGGUGUUCCCUAUGAGCAGUGGAAGAUUCUGAAUGAAAUUGAUGCUGGAGUGUGCGAGGAGAUGACCUAUGCUAUGAUUGAGAAGAAGUAUCCAGAAGAGUUUGCUAUGAGAGACCAGGACAAGUAUCAUUACCGAUACCCUGGUGGAGAGUCCUACCAAGACCUGGUCCAGCGUCUGGAGCCGGUUAUCAUGGAGCUGGAACGGCAAGGCAAUGUUCUGGUCAUCUGUCAUCAGGCUGUCAUGCGCUGUUUGCUCGCCUACUUCUUGGACAAGGGCGCAGACGAUUUACCCUACAUGAAAUGUCCCCUGCACACUGUCCUCAAACUCACCCCAGUGGCUUAUGGAUGUAAAGUGGAGAUGUUCGAUCUAAAAGUGGAAGCUGUUAACACUCACAGGGACAGACCUCUGACUUCAUUCUCCAUCCAUCCAUCCAUCCAACCAUCCAUCGAUUCAUCCAUCCAUCCAUCCAUCUCCAUACACGAAAACAAAGUGAAAACGAACACCAUGCCGGCACCUUUGUUCCGUAGGAACAGCUUCGAUCCGCUGUCCAGCCAAGACCAAAUUAAACGGCCGCGUCUGUUCAGCAUGGGAAGCCUCACACACUCACACAUGUUCCCUUCUUUCCCUGCCUCACUCUUUUCUGAUGUGUCUGAGGGAGCUGAACUGCUGCAAAAUGAGGACCCUGUGAAUGGCUGUAGCACUCCAGAUACAGAAGAAAAAAACACAUAAGGAGGUAGUUUCAUCUAAUCUACCUCAAGAAACACCCGUCUCCUUCACAUCAGCGUUUCCAUGCCUUCCUUCUACCAACCAAGGCUGGUUCCUGUGUGAAUGUCCAAGUUUCGUGGAUCAUCGGUUAAAUUUUCAGCUUUCAUAUUCCUCUCCUGUAUUAAGAGCAUGUAUUUGUUGAGUUAAACCUUUGUGUUAUUUUGGGUGUGUUUGUUUAAGCAUGGUUUUGCACAUAUAUGUACGAGCUCACAGCUUCUGAAUGAUAUUUUAUCUGCACUGUGAUCGUGCCAAAUGCGCAAAAAGAUUUUUAGACUAAACUUGGAAUGUCAUAAUCUUUAACUGAGUCAGUAUAAAAGAGAAGAAAAGGGCCUCUGCAGAAACAGCCUUGAUUUGUCCUCUGAUAGCUUUUCUAUUUUAACUUUCAUUUGUAAACAUUCCAUUGCAUUGUGUAUCCUUCCUUAUUGUAAUCUGACUGUGAAGUAAUUAUUCUCUUUUAACCGUGAUUGAAGCUCAUGCAGCUGCUUUUGUUAGAUUCAGCACACAGACACAAGCUCUAAAAAAGGAUUAAACACUGUCUGGCCCUUUAAAAGUGCAAGAGGUACUUUAACUUUGCUUUAGUCAGAAAACAAUUCAGUUAUUUCUAUCUGUGUUGUGUUUGAAUGUAUCCUUCAUUUUAUAUUAAGACUCCAAAGAUAUAAACCCUUUCAGAGACUUCAGAUUGAUUCAAAGAAGUGUCAAAAUGUUCAUUAAUGCUGGAGUUUUGUUGAUGUUUGUAAAUUCCAUUUUGCAGCAAAUCUGUAAAUUGAAACAGUGCCUUUAUUUAGAGUAAGAGUCUGUUAAGAAUAGCAAUUACUUGGACUUAAAGGUCUACAAUUAGCUAAAUUGAAUUUAUGAAUGAAAACAAUAGUAAUAUAUUUGUUAAUUUUUAAAAAGAGCUUUAAAUUUUGCACACAAUUAUUUAAAAAAAAAGGGGAAUUUUAUUGUAAUUGCAAACUGACUGCCGAUUUUGAAAUAAA